CAAUGGACUUAGAAUGUUGAGAUUUGGAUUCAGUCAGAUGACAGAGGCAAGCAGCUGGAGUGGGACAUGAUGUUAGAAAACACAAUCAGAGUAUUGUGUCCCCAUGCAUAAAGAGAAAACAGAGGACUUUCCGUUCAUUCCCUUCACUAAGCACGCCUUCUCUCCUUUUGACUUUAAAUAUCAACCUUAAUCAUUAAGCCCAUGCUCCAAAUCAUUUCUUCAACCUUAUCACUACCACUCCUCAUGUAGUCAUAUGUACACUUGAUAAAAAUAACGUACCUAAUUCACAAGGCUCCCUACGACUGAAGUAAUACGCAGUACAUCUUACCCUUAAACUUUCUCUAUACCAGCAGACAGUCCUAUGAACUAGAGUAUUCGACAAUCUCAGAGCCUCAGGCCACCAAUCUCAUAUUAUAACUUCAUUUACGCUCUCUUUUCAUAAGUCCUUUAAAGCUUCUAUGAUUUACCACUUCUCUAAGAGAUUCAACUUUUUCAUUCCCGAUCUCGGCCUAGUUUUUCUUUGUAGAAAAAAAAAUCCGGCUAGAUUUACUCUCCCAUUCAUUCAAAUUGUCAAGAAUUUCUAUGUGAAAUACUUCUCUAGCUAACUACUUCUUUGGAAACAACCAACAGCUUCGUCAUAUGGGAUCCCUGAUUUUUCUUUGUGUAAUUCUUUGGUUAGCAUCCUCAACAACAAUGACUAGUACCGAGGCUCCAGGGAUCAAAUCAUCUCGUCUUCUUGAUCUCCUCAUCAGAGACUACACAUUCCAGACAUACAGCAACAACUUUGGAACAGGCCAAUUGCAUACCAUUCAUUUACCAGCAAAUCUAUCAGGCAUCGUCGUUAGUACAGUAAGGUACCGUUGUGGCAGUCUCCGGAGGUAUGGUGCAAAAUUUGAAGAAUUCCACUUAGGCACUGGUAUUUCCAUCCGCCCUUGUGCUCAAAGAGUUCUUCUCGUGAAACAAAAUCUCGGACACAACUGGUCAUACAUAUAUUACGACAACUACGAGUUGACAGGUUACCAGCUCAUUUCCCCUGUCUUAGGCCUACUCGCUUACAAUGCUGGCGACGACAUGAACUUUAGUACUCCAUACGAGGUCGUAAUUCAAGCAAAUAAAGAACUGAUCACCGUAGAUUUCAGUAACACCACAAGGCUUGUGAACCUCACAACAGGCCUUAUACCAAUGUGUGCCAGCUUUGAACAUGAUGGCAAGGUGACACUGACCAAUCAAGUGUCCGAAAACGUGUGUUUUGCAAAAGGGCAUGGUCAUUUCGGGAUGGUGGUUCAGUCUCCGUUGUUGCCAUUCAAGAAAAAAGGCAUUAGUCGUUGGAAAAUCGCGGUGGGGAGCUCGAUAGGAGCAGCAAUAGGAGCUUCUCUUCUCGGGUUGCUUCUGAUUGCAAUGCUGGUGCAGGUGAAGAAGAAAGCGAGAAUGGAUGAGAUUGAGAGGAGGACUUAUGAGGAGGAGGCUUUGCAGGUGUCAAUGGUGGGACAUGUUGGAGCUCAUGUUGCGAAUGGGGCUAGGACAGUGCCAACUAUUGAACAUGGCUCCAGACAACCUCGUCGUCCUACUUCAUUUGUCUAAUGAAAAAUACUUCGAUUCUUUUAGUACGUUGUAUGAUUGUUACCAGAAAUUAAGUAUACUAAUAUAUCGUAGAAUAAAAAUCUUAGAUCAGUUUUCA